ACCGCCAUCAGUCAGGAAUUCAAGAAAAAUAAUAAAUAACAACAAUUCGUUCCUAUUCUCACUUCCCCUCACACUCACUCUCUCUCUCUCUCUCUCUCUCUCUUCUACCCCAAUUCUCUCCCUUCAUUAAAAAUACAGGAAUUUCAAAAUUCUAUUGGCCUAUUAAUUGUCAACAAAGACAAUAAUACCAUACCGUACCUUGCUAUUACUACAGCAAAAGCUCCGAAGCUCCAAGCUCCAAAACUGCAAAACUCCCAAACUCCCAACUCAAGGUGCAUCAAGAGCUAUCCCAAGAAAUCAAUCAGCACACCCGAGAGAAAAAAAAAGUAAAGAGACAGAAACUCGAGGACCACUCCUUCAUCCUUUCGCAUCAUCCUAUUAGCUACCUGGGUGUCCAGCUACGCGUGAACCUUAUCUAAAAAUUCCUUUCUACUUUCUACUUUCUACUUUCUACUUACUCAUUCCUCACUACUCUACUCGAGUACUCACUACCUGCUAGCUACGGAGAGCCCAGCCACGCAACCUUAAAUCGCCUCCCAAGCUAGCUACCAAAGCAAAAGAUAAACCUCCACAUAAAUCAAGCCAACUUUACAACUACAUCCAUCUUCAUCUUCAUCUACACACAACCACAUCCCACAUCCCACAUCCCACAACUCACAACCACAUUUCUCCAAAGAGAGUACAACAUCAAUUCCCCUCUUUUUUUGCUUACACUUCAUUUUGUUUUUGAUAAUACAAUCAUCUCUUCGGAUUUGUUUGGUACAAUCAAUUCACACAUUCAGACAUAGUACUGUACGACGCUGACGGACAUUCGCACAAUUCAACUCUCCUUCUCUCGAAUCGUCAUCGCACACUCGACGUGUAACCAACUUCCUCCAUCAUGGAGCAACAACAACAACAACAACAACAACAGCAGGGUCAAGCACCUCAAGCUGGUGUAGCUGGUCCAACUGGAAGAAGGUUACAUAUCGCGCAUCGAAGAAGUCCUUCAGAACUUACUCCAUUGAUGAGUAUGUUCUCUUCUCCUGGUAGUAUGUCUUCCACCUUUCCUUCUGUUCUUCCUACGGCUUCCGGAAUUUAGUGACGUAUAUUCGUCAUUCUUUGCAAGAUCCGGCAACCAAUAUCAGCCUCGAUAAAAAGAAAUAAAGCCAAUGCAUUUAUCUAUUACUUUUAUGAUGGAACCCCUCACUAGAUCAUGGCACUAUCAAUCUGCAACCAUCUCACAAUCAUCCUCCAUUCAAUUCAAUUCAUACGUCUUUCAAUACAUAUGCUAAUCAUUACUUCUCCUAACAGUGGAACAAUUAGCUAUUCAGCAACAGAUUGAGCUUUUACAACAACAGCAACAACAGAUUCAAGCUACCCAUCAACAAUAUGUUAACAUGGGAAUUAUUCCUAAUCAACACCUUGCUACUCCUGGCCAAGGUUUCAAUCCUUUACAACAACAACAAAUGCAGAAUCAGAAUGCAUUUCAAUUCACCAAUCAAUUACAAUCACAACAGAUGAAUGUGCCAAUGGGAGCUCCAACACAACCUCUUUCACAUCGUCGUAAUCAAUCGGCACUUCCAAACAUGGGGAUGAAUGUAGCGGGUCCACCACCAGCUCCAUCUUCAGGAGCCGCUGGUCAAGGGUUCACUCAAGACUUUGGCGGGAAUAGCAAUCGUGGUGAGAAUCAAUCCACGAGAGGUGGUCGUGGUGGUGGCCCUCCAGGUGGUGGUCAUCAAAGACGCCAUUCUCUUGCAUUACCAGAAGCUAAAAAGGCAGCUGAGAUCGCCCAACAGAAGAGAACGACUUCUGGAUUUCAAUUUCCUAUUCCUGGUGCAGGCGGUGCUACAUCAACUGGUGGUGAUAGCUCCGAAAAUGUCAGCCCUGGAGACGAUAAACCUCCCCAAAUUAUCGGCAAUCAUUUGACAUCAAGCUCUGCUGCGCGCGGCGGUCGUGGUACUCAUAGUAGAAGUCAAAGCAUGGCUGUGGGAGGUAGUCAAAAUAGUAGAGGUGGAUCAUCCCAACGAGGUGGUGGCUCAUUUCAAUUCCCAUCAACACAAGGAUCUACAGAUGCUAGCGCAGGUCAAAACAAUGAAUUUGGAAGAAGAAACAGUGCUCAAAGCGGACAUGCUCGUAACUCUUCCCGAAACUUUGAUGGUAACUGGAGAAAUCAAGUACCUCAGAAUGCUGCCCCUCAAGAUCCACAACCACAAAUGGGUAACUUCCAAGGUCAACAAAACCAAGGUGGUUUCCAACCAAAUCACCGAAAUCGUGGAUCUAUCAAUCAAUCCAUGAGCAACAUUGGUGGAUUUCAAUAUCAAGGUCAACCUCAGUUGGUUCAGCUGCCUCAAGGACAGAUGAUUAUCCCUCAAGGUUUAUAUGGUCAACAGUUAAAUGCUUUACAGCUCAAUCAGCUUCAAGCAUUACAAGCUGCUCAAAUAAGUGGACAAAUGGGUAUGCAAAAUAGUCAGCAUGCCCCACAACUCAAUGCUCAGCAACAACAACAGCAACAACGUAAAACCUUGUUCACUCCCUAUCUUCCUCAGGCUACCCUCCCAGCUCUUCUGGGCGAUGGUCAGCUCGUUUCAGGUAUUUUGAGAGUUAACAAAAAGAAUCGUUCUGAUGCUUACGUCACGACUCACGAUGGAUUACUCGAUGCCGAUAUCUUCAUUUGCGGUAGCAAGGAUCGUAACCGUGCUUUGGAGGGAGAUCUUGUUGCCGUUGAGUUAUUGGAUGUUGAUGAAGUUUGGGGACAAAAACGCGAGAAGGAGGAAAAGAAGAAGCGUAAGGACAUCACUGACACCAGAACCGGUGGAUCGACCAAUGGAAACAAUGAUCGAAAUCACCACCGCGAUAAUUCUACCAAUGGAGAUGAGCAAAACCAAGAGGGUGGUUUGAGAAGACGUGGAAGCUUGAGACAACGACCAACUCAAAAGAAGAAUGAUGAUGUUGAAGUGGAAGGUCAAAGUCUUUUACUUGUGGAGGAAGAGGAAGUCAACGAUGAACAGAAACCACUUUACGCUGGUCACAUUGUCGCAGUUAUUGAACGUGUUGCCGGGCAAAUGUUUUCUGGAACUCUUGGUCUUCUUAGACCUUCUAGUCAGGCUACCAAGGAAAAGCAGGAAGCUGAACGUCAAGCACGUGAUGGAAAUUCCGGUCGUCAUCAAGAACAACGUCAACAAGAUAAGCCAAAGAUUGUUUGGUUUAAACCUACUGACAAGCGUGUUCCAUUGAUCGCCAUCCCUACCGAGCAAGCCCCACGGGACUUUGUCGACAAACAUCAAGACUAUGCCGAUCGUAUCUUCGUUGCUUGCAUCAAGAGAUGGCCAAUUACCUCUCUUCAUCCGUUCGGUACCCUCGUGGAACAACUUGGAAAGAUGGGAGAAUUAAAGGUCGAGACUGAUGCUCUUCUUCGUGAUAAUAACUUUGCUUCGGAUGAAUUUUCAGAUGCUGUCACACGUAGCGUUGGUCUUGAUGAUUGGUCUUUGGAGAAGGAAGAUGAAACUUCCAUUUCCACGAGACGUGAUUUCCGAGAGGAGAAGACCUUUACCAUUGACCCCAAUGGCGCUGAUGAGCUUGAUGAUGCUAUUCACGUCAAGACUGAAGCCGAUGGAAAGAUUGAAAUCGGUAUUCACAUUGCCGAUGUUGCUCAUUUCAUCAAGGCAAACUCUUUGGUUGAUAGAGAGGCACGCAAACGUGGAACUGCUGUUUAUUUGAUGAACCGAUCAUGUGCAAUGCUGCCACCUAAGAUUGCCUCGGAAAUUUGCUCCUUGACUCCAGGUCAAGAUCGUCUUACCGUCUCGGUGGUUUUCAAGGUCAACGCCCAAACCGGUAUCGUUUUCGAGGACGAGACCUGGAUCGGAAAGAGCAUCAUCAAAAGUGGUGGAAAGUUGACGUACAAGGAUGUUGAUGCUGUUCUUUCUGGUCAAACUGAUGUCAAGCUUGACGGUGCUGAAGUGAAGGAUAUCCAAAUCCUCAAUGUGAGUUUUGAUUGUACAGGCCUAUUCGUGGCAGUUGCUAAUAUCUCUAGGCUGUCACCCAAAAGUUCCGCGAAUCUCGCCUCGGUUCAGAUGGAGAGACUAUUGCACCAUUGAGACUUGUCUAUCAAUUAGAUGAUGAGAACGUUCCAGUUGAACAAAACAUCUUUGAUUCCACUCCAUCCCACGAAUUGAUCGAGGAAUUGAUGAACAAGGCCAACUCUUAUGUCGCGCAAAAGAUCUAUCAAGGUCUGCCAGAAAAGGCACUCCUUCGUCGACAAGGACCACCAAAUACAAGACGUCUUCAAACCUUUGCUGACCGCAUGAAUAAAAUUGGUUACGAAAUUGACACAUCAAGCAGUGGACGUCUUCAAAACAGUCUUUUCAAGGUUGAUGAUACCAACAUUCGCAAGGGUAUGGAAACCCUUUUGGUCAAAUCCAUGCACCGUGCCAAGUACUUUGUCGCUGGAAAGACCCAACCCCAUCUUUACCCUCAUUACGCGCUUAACUUACCAUUAUACACUCAUUUCACCAACCCAUCUCGUCGUUAUGCAGAUUUGGUUGUUCAUCGUCAACUCGAAGCUGUUCUUUCUGAAGGCAAGAUUGAGUACAACGAAGAUAUCGAGACGCUCGUUAAGACAACUGAAUCCUGCAACACCAAGAAGGAUUCAGCUCAAAAUGCUCAGGAACAAAGUGUUCACAUUGAGUCUUGCAGGAUUAUGGAUAGAAAACGUGAAGAAGCUGGUGGUGAACUCAUCAGUGAAGGUAUUGUCGUUUGCGUCUACGAAUCUGCUUUCGAUGUUCUCAUUCCAGAGUUUGGUUUUGAAAAGAGAGUUCAUUGCGAUCAACUUCCUCUCAAGAAAGCCGAAUUCCGAAAGAAUGAGAGAGUUCUUGAAUUGUAUUGGGAGAAGGGUGUGCCAUCAUCUGCAUAUGUUCCAGAAGAUGAACGUCCAAAGGCUGGUGCAUCUCAAAGAGCGACAAAUGCUGCCGCCGCUGCCAAGCAAGCCGCUGUCGCUGAGAGAGCCAAGAAGGAGCAUGAAGAAGCUCAACGAAAGGCAAUGGAAACUGGUACCAUGUCAACUGAUGAUGUUGAUGCCUUGUUUGAUGAUGACGAUGACGCUUCCGAUAUUGCUGGUAGUGUUGCUGGUGUUUCUCUUGCGGAGCGCCCCACUCAAAGUGUGCCACCAUCGCCAACCAAGAACUCCAUCUCAGCUGCAACCAAUCUUCACCGAACCCGUUCUGAUUCCAAGGUACCAACUGGUGAACCUGUCGAAGCUAAGCUUAGCGCUAAGGAGAGGUACUUGAAGUAUUUCACCCUUCGUGAAGAAGAUGGUGAAUACAUUCAAGAUGUUAAGGAAAUGACAAGAGUUCCAGUCAUCCUGAAGACUGAUCUUACCAAGAGUCCACCGUAUGUUUACCUUUAAUUUCGUUUCUGCUUGGCAAUCAACUAACAAAAUUAUAGAUGUCUCACGAUCAGAUCUCUCAACCCUUACGCACUCUGAAUGACAUUUCAGCAAAUCAUCUUACCCAAGGUUUGAGGCUUCGGUAUAAUGUUGAAAUUUCUUGACGCUACCAAAUAAUUACGUGCUGGGCUUAUGAAGUAUUGCGGAGGAAACACAUUGUCUUGUCUUAUAUUCGUCGAGCAUCUCGACUAAGGAUCUAUCCCCUACAAGGUUUUCUUUUUCCUUCUUUGUCAGAUUGUCAUAUUGAAGAAUCAGGAAGUUGGACUUGACAUGGAAGGUGGAUGAAUGAAUGAAGGAUUAAUUAUUGAGGAGGAUCAAAUGGUUAGCGGUCUAGUUUAAUGUAGUGAAAAAGUGAAAGUGAAUGGAAACGAAACAUGUACGAAGGAAAGGACAUAGGGUGAAGAAAGACAGUGUAACUUUUCUCGAUUCGGAAGAUGAUAUAUCGGAUGAGAGUGGGACUAAGGGUCGAAUAUAUUUCGUUUUGCUCUCUAGCGUUUCUGUAUCAGAUGCAUUUAUAGUUCAAUGAGAGAAAAGGAAAUCACAAUUAUGUUGGCGUGAGCGUGAGAAGAUUGUGUGAAU